GGAAAUACAUAUAUAUAAAUAUAUAUAGCAGCAACACAAAAGCAUAUACAAUUUCCAAAUCGAAACACUUCAUUAGCAAUGGAACUCUUGAAGCUUUUGAUCACCCUUUUCAUUCUACAAGCUUUUCUCCCCACCACUACAUUGAUACAAGCAGCUCCUACAAACUCAAAUCUCUUCAGAGAAUAUAUCGGAGCAAUGUUCAAGAGUGUCAGAUUCACUGAUGUUCCUAUUAACCCAGAUGUUGAACUCCACUUUAUUCUCUCUUUUGCCAUAGACUAUGACACCUCAAGUUCUCCCUCUCCCACCAAUGGAAAAUUCAACAUCUUUUGGGACUCCGCCAAUCUCAGUCCCUCCGAAGUUUCUUCCAUCAAGAGACGCCAUUCGAAUGUUAAAGUAGCCUUGAGCCUAGGCGGGGAUACGGUGGCAAGUCGUUUUGCUUACUUUAGUCCUUCUUCAGUAGACUCAUGGGUAUCAAAUGCUGUUUCUUCUCUAACACGAAUCAUCAAGGAGUAUAAUUUGGAUGGAAUUGAUAUUGAUUACGAGCACUUUCAUGGUGAUCCUCAUACCUUUUCUGAAUGCAUUGGACGGCUUAUAUCUACCCUCAAAAGAAAUAAAGUUAUCUCAUUUGCCUCAAUUGCUCCAUAUGAUGAUGAAGAAGUUCAAAAACGUUACCUGGCCUUGUGGAAGAGUUAUGGUCACCUAAUAGAUUAUGUCAACUUCCAAUUUUACGCGUAUGAUAAAGGGACCACUGUAUCUCAGUUCAUGAAUUACUUCAUGACACAGACCUCUAACUAUAAUGGUGGUAAGGUGUUGGUGAGCUUUUUGAGUGAUGGCAGCCGGGGUUUAUCACCAGAUGAUGGCUUCUUCACUGCCUGCAGCAGACUCAAGAGCCAGAAAAAACUUCAUGGUAUCUUUAUUUGGUGUGCAGAUGACUCCAAGGCAAACGGCUUUCUCUAUGAGAAGCAAUCACAAGCAUUACUUGCAAAUCCGCAUUAGUAUCGUCGUUACAUG